GGAAUGAUAAGUGUUCGAAAAUUGUAUAGAGUUACUUUUUGGCAUUCACAAUGAUGUUAUAGGUGGACAGAUAUGGUUAAAAACGACAACUGUAGGACGGUUUUGCGAACUAGCAGUUUCUCAUACUAGCUUAAACGGACUCCGUGUGAAAAACAACAAAAUAAUUUUUCCGUCAUGUUAUGAGUAAUCUUGGUUGUGCUCGUUGUGCUUGUUUGUUCCUUUGGCCACCUUAGCUGGAAAUGUAGAUUCAUUAAAGCUAACUUCUAAGAACCUGUCUGUGGCUUUAAGUGUGUGCACCACUUGGUCGGCAAUACUGCGGCUCGUCGAAUACCAAACUUUGUUUCGGCUCAUGAAUACAUGGGUUAUGAUACUGUACUCUAGUUUACCCCUCUUCGCACGGUUGUAGUUUUUUUAUUUCCAGUUGAAUAUUCCAUCAAGAAUGGUCAGCUUGACACGGAGGGUCAACACCUCUGCUGGGGGUGGAGUGUUCUUCAAUGAUGGUUUAAUCAAUGGGGAUGAUGAGGAUGUUCAAGGCCUUCAACCGCUCCAUGGGUCCGAUGAAAUUGGGGGUUUUCGAAAGUUGCACACUUUUGUUCCAGUCAUGUUGAAGCUAUGUCUCAUUGUACUUACCCAGGUGACAAUAAUAGUCCUUCUCUGUCUGUGGCCAGAAUUCAGAUACAAAUGUGAACCAUUCUUUUUACUUGUGUACAUUCAUGCUGCCUACUGGUGUAUCAGCUGGAUCUUGCAUCAGCAUUUAAAAUUGAAACAUCGCAUGUUACGAGUCAAUGGUUAUCUGGACUUUUACAAACAGACUGAGGCCCACAUUAGAAUACCAUUUUACAUAAUUUCUCUAUGGAAUGCUGUUUUACUGGUAAUAACAUCUAUUUAUCACAAUGUCUAUGGCGAUCUGGAACAGCGAUGUAUGUCUCAAACAUCAUCCCUUUCUCCCAACAAUGUGAUCGGGGCUAUUAUGACUUUAGAAACUGGUAUACUGAUUCCAGUUCUAAUGACAUACUUAGUGAAAGUACGCAGGUUCAAUGAGACAAGACCACCUCCUGACGUCCAAAGGGAAGAUUGGAUGAUGAGUUUUGUGCGUGACAGCUUUCCUGGUGGGGAAGUUGGCUACAGAGAACCAAAUGAACAGAUUCAUGAUCUCCUGGCAAAACAAGCGGAUUUGAUUAGAUAUUUGAAAGAACACAAUGCUAUGCUUAACCACAAGAUAAUGCAGCUUUCAUCAAGGUCCCAUGUGGAACCUGAAUGCACAUGAGCUUUUUACCUCACUUUGCUUCUCAAGAAUCAAGAAUGGAGCAGUGUGAGGUCUAUUUCAUGUAUCCUAUUUUACUGUGUUGUUAAUUACCUAAGUUGUGACUAGAAAUAGUGCCAUUGUUAACAGAAAAAGUGUAUUUUGUUUUUCCAAAAAAUUGGUGGCUGUGUUGAUUAUCUUAUGUGACGGAAAUGUGUUUGCAAUAGUCAGACUAUCAAAUAUCAAUUAAGUGAAGUUAUAUGUAUCUCUGCUCUUACAAAUACUGUUUUUAUCAUUGGCAUAUAAGACGGCAAGGCAUUAUCAGAGUAGUGUGGUAUUGAAGAUGGACUGAAAUGGGCAAAACACAAAAGCCCUUCAACUCUGUUUAAAACUGCCACGGGGUAUCAGACCAACGCAGUUGCCAAUAUGAGCUGCCAAUCAUGGUACUUCUGGUCUUUUGCACUCUUUCAUAAAGCAUCGAUUCGAAAAUAAAUGUAUGCAGUUUUGUCCUUUGUGACUUGCUAUGAUACAUACAUAUUCCCUCAAAAUGCCUCAUAAGUGUCAAUAGCGUUUGUUGUUAUAAAUGUUAACUUUUUAUUUGGUCAUGUUUAGUUGCUGUUGCAUGAAAUUGGGAUCAUGAAUACAGAAUGUAAGAUACUGUUCUUACUUAUGAGACUGAUAAAAAGUAAGGUUUGUUGUAUUACUAAAUUUGUGAUUUUGCAAACUGUUAAUUAACCAUUACUAUUAUUUAGUAUGUGGUAUAAGCUAUUUUAUUGCUGUUUAUGACUAACAUGCCUCUAGAAAAUGUGUUUGACAAUGUCAUCUUUAUAAAUUAUUACUACUAAAGUAGAAGAGAUGUCAAAAUAGAAAUGGGAACCCCUAUAGUACUGAGUUAAUUGAUAAGACAAAUCAGAGUCCCUUUUGUUUAUAAGAAUGAAACUUUGGUUUGUUACAAGUGUUAGACAUUUUCAUCAAGAAAUUUUAGAUCUGUGGUUAUGUUAAUGAAAUUAUGCAGGAGCUAUUUGCCUGCUAUGAACUUUUUACUUCAGUCUUUCAAAGAGCAAUAGACAUCUUGUCUUAACUGCUUUCUUCCUUAUUUUCCUCUUAGUAACUGCAAGUUUGUCUUCCCUUUUACAAAUGUUUAGGCUUUCUCAACCAGUUCAGUAUUACAUAUAGCUGGAAUCUGAUUCUGUUGUUCAAGAGUUACUUUGAUCUGUCAAGUUUCGUAGGCACCAAACCACAUUUGUGUCUGCUUAGUUUGGAAAGGGUCAAAUGAAAGAAUAUCUUUUAUUUCAAAUCUUUCAUUAUUAUGUAUGUGUUGGGAAAGGGCUUCUGCUGCAAAUGAAAUAAUUCUUUUAUUUUCCUAUCGAUACAUUAAUAAAUAAAUAAUUGAAAA